CGGGCAUCAGAAUUCUCCCGAGAGAAAAGAUCAUUCACUGUUAUAUUUCAUUAACGCAUUUUUCUUUUUUUUUUUCUUAUAACAAUACUUGCGAAGGCCUCGUAUACGAAAUACGUCAAAUACGUGACGUGAUCCGUGACGUAACAAAUGAUUGCCGUUAUCGAUACGCAUAUGGCAAGUGCUUCGAAAAGCUUUUCAAUUAAGUGCUAUUAAGUUGUACGAUAUAUAUUGCGUAUCGACGGAUGUGCACGAGGAAAGGAAAAACAUGAUUUAUUCAUGAUAUUCAAAACAAGUCGAGUUGGCAACAGCCGGUGCGGACGAGUGAUAAUACUGGAUGUCAGCAGAUAACAACGCGUUUGGUUUUUUUUUGUAUAAGAAACCUUAAUCAAUGAUCCGCAGCGGCGAUCGAUGAACCAUGCGAUGACUUGUGGUAGAGAAAAGAGAAAUAAGAAGAGGAGAUUUUCCGUCACGUGUUGCAGCAUGGUGAAAGUAUAUUUGAUUUCGACGCGAAGGGGGAAUUCAGGUAACGGCGGUAAACACACGACUCGGCCUUUAGGCGAACUUGAAUUUACCGUCAGUUCACGUUCGUUCGUCCAUUCGCCUUCUACAUUUAUUAUGCGCGCCAUCCUGCUCCUCGUGUUCCUGGCGAGCGCCAAGCUGAAUGGAUGUAACACAGAGGAGACUUGGGAACAGGAUCGGUCCGAGGACACGGGCGCUUCCACCGAGGGCUACGAUCGCGUGGGGCUGCGAUGCGGCGCCGACAAGAUGACCGUGGAGUUACGCACCACCGAGGAUUUUUCCGGGGUGAUCUACACACAGGGCAGCUUCCACUCACGAGAACCGUCCUGCUUCCUCGAUCCGGUACGCGGCAGGAGUUUCACCAUGAAUAUCCCUUUAAAUAAGUGCGAUACGGAAAAGGAGGGCGAAAAGUACAGCAACGUCGUGGUGGUGCAGCACGACGACGACCUGGUGACACCGGGAGACGCCGCGUUCACGUUGGAAUGCGACUUCUCGAAGCCGAGGGAUCGCACGGUGACGGCUGAUCUUAAUGGGAGCAAAAGAAGACCUACGAGAUCCAGCAUAGCCCUAAUCGACGCCGAUCCGGAAAGGGACCGGAACAAAAGGGCCGCUUACGUGGAGAGUUACAGCGACCAAGUGGUCUUCGUGCCGGACGUCGCGAUUCGUAAGGCAAGAGACGCUAAUGUGCGCCAGCUAAUAAAGAGACAGUCAAAGUUAAGAGAACAACACGGUUCCUCGACAUUUCGUUGCCCGGGCUCGAUCAUCGGACCCGGCUAAAUUGCUAUUCGACAAUUUUCCGGGCACAAUCGGUGUCCCUACAUAAAAACACGAAGGAUCGUGUAUAAUUGAUUCAUGAUAAAAUUAAAAUUGAUAAAAACAAAAUAAGCACACUGAGAAAAAGAAAUUGGAAUUUUGCGAAGUAAGUGUUUCUCGUGACACUUUCUUCGCUAUUCAUUGGUUGGGAGAAAAUUUGACCGUGAUAUGACGGAAUAUAUAUUCUCACGAAAUAUACCCAAGUUUUCUUAUUAGUUGAUUUACCCGCUGGGAAUAAAAUUUCACUUCGCCGUAUUUAAAUAAAUAUUCAUUUCUGCGAAAUAAAUCUUGUAUUUCGCGACUAGAUUUUUAAGUCUUCUUUCACAGUUUUCACGGCAAAAACACACGUGCUCGAAUUGAUUUUCAGAAUAAUAAUCGCACGGCCGUCUCGGCUGUAAAUCGCCUGAGGUGAAGUCUCGCCGAUGAACCGCCGUCGAGAUUCCGCCGAGACUCCGCAAUGCUCCGCUCUCUCGAGAGAUUAUUGCCACCACCGCUAUUCGCUACCAUUUUGUUUAUUAUUGUUGUUGUUCGUAAUAAAUUAAAUAGUUGAAUCUC